AUGAUUGCCAAAACAGGAGCCAGAGAUGCUGGCCGAGGUCGAGGAAGGAGAGGUGGAGGAAGUUAUCGGAAAGGAUCCAAGGCCAGAAUCUCACAACAAGCACCACAGCGCGCAGAGGAGCUUGACAGCAAUGCCUACAGGUAUUACGAGCCGGAGCCGUCACGGGAUGAUCAGUUUGAUGAGGAAAUAAUGCAGAGGAAAUACCAGCGGCAACAAGACGAUGCCAAACAGUUUUCAGGGCUGCUACAUCAACCGCUCAAUACGGCUCUGCACCAGCACCGUCAAGACGCGAUAUUGCCAGAGGCUGACAUUGGCAUCGAUCUGAACGCGCUGGCAAAGAACUUGCUCUCUAUUCCUGUGCACACUCGCCUCAACAUCAGUGCAGACCACCUUUCUAGUGCCACUAUCGCUGAAUUCCAACGAAGUGCUAAUGCUAGUGCAGAGAGGGUGAAAUCCAGCUACAAUUCUACCUCCCAGCAACGACUAGUUAACGCCACGGACAUUUCACCCGCACCCAUUCAUCAGUACAUCGCAAGGGCAAGGAUCCAGGAUCUGCCUACUGUUGCGGAUAACGUUACUACUGCACUCAGCACUAGCAGCAGUGGUGAGCAGAAAAGCGUUCCGGCACAGUCUGAUCCUGGCCCCUGUAACUCUGCUCCAGCUGCUUCACCAAUCCAGCAGGUUCAGCCUACUCCACAACAGUGUGGUCCGUAUGCUCAAGUCAGCGAUGGGAAAGAUGGUGAUGGUGAUGCUGUGUUGGAUGCUAUAUUACUAUUAGCCCUGCCAACAGCAUCAGCAACACCUGCAGCAGUUACCUCGACUAGCACAACCACUGCACCAGCACGAAGACGCGACCCGACGCCAGCACCAAGAGUGACACAUGGACUGCAGACUGCAGCAGGAGCCAUUGGCCACAAUGGUGAUGCGUCAGCACAUUGCGCACCUACAACGUCGCUGACCAGUGUUCUUGUCACGACCACAACUUCCAGAAGUCCAGCCACUGCAAGCAAUAGCUCUAGACAGAACAUUGUGUCAUGGAGCCGCAUGUCCGCCAAGCCAACAGUAAGUGCCAGUAUGGGACAGCGCGUGACCAACAAAGGUGCUCCCAACAAAGGUGCUCUGGUAGCCAACAAAGGUGCUCCAGUUGCGGCCAUUGGAGCCGGACUUAUGAACAUGGACACCGUUGCAACGAGUAAACGUUCUGCUGCUGUUGCAGCCGUGGCAAAUGCAGAUGACUAUGACGAUGAUUUGGACUUCUUGCUUGCUUUGUAG